AUGAAUGCGCCAAAGAUCCUAUGGGGGAUGGAUCCUCUACUGCAUGUGCCCCUACAACUGAUGAUUUUCCAAGUCAAGACGCUGACAUCUGUGCCUGAACACGAUGGGAUCUACUGCCACCACUCUCACCCCGUCAGGAAUGUUGAAAUCAUGGGAGUCGUUCAAAUGGUGCACCGAGCAAGCAAGCGUAUCCUCUACAACUUGGAUGACGGGACCGGAGCAAUACAAUGCAUAAUGUGGAUACCGGACCAAUACCUCGCUAUGCAGAUUACAAGCGGGAUCCCUGGUCACCAAGAACACAAGUUGGGCGAAGUCAUUCGGCUGAUUGGUCAGCCCACCGAGUUCAAAGGCUGUAUCCAGAUUACUUUUCAGCCCGGCGACACUGCGACUUGCGAGGAUCCAAAUGAGGAAACUGUAUUUCGACUGAGGGUGCUGAACCAGGAGCGUUUUGUUUAUUCGAAACCCGUAGUCCUGCCAGACAUUGAAAAGAAAAGUAGACCACCGGUCUCUACGAUCACGCUCUUAGACAGGAUUCGUGCUUGGGUGAGCAGCCGGGAUGAAUUCGAUUACCUCGAGCUCGAGGACGACAAGGUGAACAACGAGCUCGCACGAGAGAUAGUGCGGGGAGCGGCGCCGGGAAUCCAUCCUGCUCUUGAGACAGCACAAGCGGCAAAGCUGAUAAGCAAGUGCGUGCAGCAGCUUAUGUCCGAGAGAAUAGUCGAGUUCAAGAGUAUGUCGCAGAUGAUCCUUCGUGUCGUCAAGGCGCCCUCACUUUCAACUACGAUCCCAAUGCUGUUGGACUCUGCUCGAGACGAGUGGACUCCCAACUUGAUAGUGCUUGAUGACUCUGAGGAAGAAACUAUUGAAUCCUAA